UAUUGUCCUGCUUAAAACGAUCCGGAUUCUUAUACAAUUCCAUCGACUUCAUAACUCACACCAAGAAAAAAUAUGACGCAGGAAUGUCCCCAUUGCCCGAAAAGCUUCACAUCUACACGUUCCUUAUCCCGAAAUCUCGCCACGCAUGACGACACGGCUCAAAUUAAGUGUCAAAUUUGUAGAAAAACUCUAAAAAACCGUGGCGGCCUGUCCACCCACUUGAGCAGGAUUCACAACAAUCGGAAAAUCCAUCGUUGUGCAAUUUGCCUUCGAAACUACGCCUCUCCGGGGGGUUUGGAAAAUCACGUGGCAGCCGUGCACACCCCGGGACCACGACCCCAUUUUCCAUGCAAGUUUUUACACUGUGACAAAAAAUUUGUGAGCAAGGGAGCCCUUACAAACCACUUUAAAGUAGUUCACUCCGAGAACCCGGUCCGAUUUCGGUGCACCCUUUGUAGCAAGGAAUUGAAAUCUAAGGCCAGUUUAAUGAAACAUAUUGCCAUUCACACGACCGAGAAGCCCUUCAAGUGCGCCGAAUGUGGGCACAGUUUCGUGGACAUGAGUGACUUGUCAAGUCAUGAGGAAACACAUCGGGAAAAAUCUGUCCGAAAUAGAAUCAAAUGUCACCUCUGCCCAAUCACAUUCUUGACCCGCACCGGGAAACGGCUUUAUGUUCAGAAUUAUCACGAGGAUCAGAGCAAGUAUCCCUGCCCAAUUUGUGACAAGAGGCUAAAAACUGCGAACAAUUUAAAGUUCCACGUCGAGGCGAAGCACACCACGGACAAGGAGCUCCGCUACGCGUGCGACCAGUGUGAGUACAAAAGUUGGAAGAAGUUCAGCCUGAGAAAGCACGUGAAACGGAGACACGUGGAGGGGCGAGGGACCACGUGUUAUUUCUGUGGGAGGAACUACUCCGCGUUUACUGAUCUCGUACGACAUUGCAGUUUCAGACAUACUCUGGAGAAAUAA